CGCUCCCGCUCAGGCCCCGCCCCCACAGGCCCUUCCUCUCGGCGCCCGGCUGAGGAGCCGCCGCCGCUGCCGCUUUUGGCGUUUCCGGAGUGCAGAAGCCGCCAAGCAGAGACGGAGCGGGCCGCCCCGGGCAGGAAAUGACCUAGAGGCCUUAGAAAUCCAUUUCUGGAUCCUUCAGAAUCUACAAUCAAGAGAAGCUUCCUCUGAAAGCACCACUUGUUAAAAGGAAACUACCUCAGCACAUAGGAGAGGCGGAGAAGGCUUGCAAUAAAAAACAAACACGUUCCGAAUAAUGUGUACUUGCAAAGUCUCCAGGAAACAAAUUUGCAUUCCCCCCCACCCAGUAUUAAGAUGAGAAACUCAAACCGAUUUGACUGACGGGCUCUGUCAAACCGUGAAGCUAUUUGAUCUGCUGAUGUGUGAAGGCUCAGUAGUUAUCCCAGUAAAGAUCUGCUCUGCGUUAACAAUCACUGUUGAGCGGUGAUUUUGCUCUUUCUCUCCUGAUACUAACUGAAGAAAUUUAUAACAAUGAUAUUAUUUUUUAAAAACCCAUUAAGCUUUCUUCAGUGUAAACUCAUGUUAACAUCAGGUGUCAAAUGUGCAUUGGCAGGAAAACUGCAGCAGGCAGCUUUUUUGCCCCCUGUUCUGAAAUUGUAUCCUGGGCACACAGUAGAAUGCUAAGCAGGAAACUUACAGUAUUUUUUUUAAGCUAUCACAGCUUGCUUUUAUGAUAUAAUUUGUAAUUGCAGCCGUGCUGCAUUUGAACACUGAACAGUACAAAGUCAGCAGACCUGCUGCCUUUUCUCACUGCUGAUACAAAUUACCUACCUUUAUUAUUAUUUUUUUUUGAAAUGCCUCCUAUGAAAAUUAUGUGCAUUCUCCUCUACUACUGCUACACAUAGGUAUAUUUCUAGGGGAGCAACUCAUGAAAGCAGAUAGCUAGUUCAAGGAACCUUUGGACAACAAGUACUCCCUUAUGCAGUGCUUCAGUGCACAGGAAAGUAAAAUGGACUAUAAGCGGCGCUUUUUGCUUGGCGGGUCCAAACAAAAAGUGCAGCAACACCAGCAGUAUCCAAUGCCGGAGCUAGGCAGGACCCUGAGCGCCCCUUUAGCAUCUCCAGCCACGACAUCCCCUCUGGUUUCCUCGGCUGCUGCUGGCGGCUGCAACCAUGCUACUCCAAUCGCAGACAUCCAGCAGGGAAUCUCCAAAUAUCUGGAUGCACUCAAUGUAUUUUGCCGUGCAAGCGCUUUCCUUACAGACCUUUUCAGCAGCGUAUUUCGGAACUCGCACUAUUCUAAGGCAGCUAUGCAACUGAAAGACGUGCAGGAACAUGUCAUGGAAGCAGCAAGUCGACUCACGGCAGCAAUAAAACCAGAAAUAGCAAAAAUGCUCAUGGAACUGAGUGCGGGAGCGGCAAACUUUAAAGAUCAAAAGGAGUUCAGCCUACAGGACAUUGAGGUACUUGGACGGUGUUUCUUGACAGUGAUGCAGGUUCAUUUUCAGUUUUUAUCCCAAGCUUUGCAGAAGGUCCAACCAGUGGCUCACUCAUGUUUCACUGAAGCCGUAGCUCAGGAGAGAAAGAAUUCUAGUGGUGUGGAGAUGGCCAGUUCAAGUCCCACAGCUGAGCUAGAAGAAGCUCUGCGGUCCUGGAGAGGAGCAGCAGAGGCCACGUCCCGGCUGCGGGAGAGAGGCUGUGAUGGCUCUCUGGCUGGAAUUGAGGUCCAGCAGCUCUUCUGCUCCCAGAGUGUGGUGAUUCCUGAGCACCAGCUAAAAGAACUGAACUUGAAAAUCGACAGUGCUUUGCAGGCAUAUAAAGCGGCAUUGGAGAGUUUGGGUCACUGUGAAUAUGCGAUGAAGGCCGGCUUUCACUUGAAUCCAAAGGCUAUUGAAGCAAGCUUGCAGGGCUGUUGCAGCGAUGCCGAAGCUCAGCAGACUGGCCGGAGACAGACCCCUUCUCAGCCGAUUCAGUGUGAGCUUCCGACAGUUCCUGUUCAGAUAGGUGCUCACUUUCUGAAAGGAAUUUCCUUUAAUGAGUCUGCAGCAGAUAACCUGAAGCUGAAAACGCACACGAUGAUACAACUGAUCAAAGAAGCUGGUUACCAUAACGGGGUGACCCCGAGGGAUGACUCUCCUGUGACGGAAAUACUGAACCAGGUUUGCCCUUCUACGUGGCGAGGCGCAUGCAAGACUGCUGUGCAGCUGCUCUUUGGCCAAGCUGGGCUGGUGGUUGUGGAUACAGCGCAGAUUGAAAACAAAGAAGCAUAUGCGCCACAGAUCAGUUUGGAAGGUUCCAGAAUUGUUGUUCAAGUUCCAUCAACUUGGUGCCUGAAAGAAGACCCUGCAACAAUGUCUUUGCUGCAGAGAAGCCUGGAUCCAGAGAAGACUUUGGGACUGGUGGAUGUGCUCUAUACUGCAGUGUUUGACCUAAAUCGGUGGAAGGAAGGAAGAGAGCAAGCUCUGCCCUGCAUUCAGAUCCAGCUGCAGCGUGAGAUCUGUGACUUUGGGAGUCAUAGCGACUUGCCGCCUGGAAACGGAAGCAAAUCGACAGGCGGCUUGCAAAAGACUUUCUCCAAGUUGACUUCACGGUUUACAAAGAAAACUUCCUGUGCAAGUUCAAGCAGCAGUGGAAGUUACUCCAUUCCCAGUACACCUUCCAAAACUCUUUUUAUAGCUAACAACUCAGAGGAUAAAGCAAAAAUACCCAACAACAUGGAUGCCCGACUGCAAAGUAUCCUGAACAUCGGGAGCUUCCCCAGGGCUCCAGAAUCAGGCCAGCAGACGCAGAGUCCCAGCAAUCAGAUUGUCAACGGGUUUCUCCUCGAUCGGCGUGACAACAGCAAAGUGGACGACAGCAAGGAUGCCAAGGGCAUGAAUUUACCAACCGACCAAGAAAUGCAGGAGGUCAUCGACUUCCUCUCUGGCUUCAAUAUGGGCAAGUCCCAGCAGGCCUCUCCCCAGGUGAAAAGAAGGAACUCUGUGGCCUCAUCCUCGGCUGCAGCAGAGCAGAAGCCAGUGGCUGUGCCACAGCAGCCGCAGUCUUCGUCUCACACACCUCUGCACCACCUUCAGCAGGGCUUGUCAUCGCAGCCGCCACUGCCACAGAAGCCCCAGCAGCAGCAGCAGCAGCAGCAAAUGCAGUACUAUCAGCACCUGCUUCAACCCAUUGGGCCCCAGCAGCAGCAGCAGCAGCAGCAGCAGCAGCAGCAGCAGCGUCCGCCUGGCAAGUGGCCGCCCAAUGCCAGCCAGCAGUCAGCCCAGACGGUGGGCCCGGGGGUGUCUCAUAUGCACCAGUGGAGCGGCCACACCUUCUCUGACCUGAGCUCCGACUUGUAUAGCUUGGGCCUUGUGAACAGUUACAUGGACAACAUGAUGUCGGAGAUGUUGGGGCAGAAACCGCAAGGCCCUAGAAAUAACACGUGGCCAAAUCGUGACCAAAGUGAUGGAAUCUUUGGGAUGUUGGGAGAGUUUCUACCUUUUGACCCUGCAGUGGGCUCGGAUCCAGAGUUCGCCCGCUAUGUCGCUGGGGUCAGCCAGGCCAUGCAACAGAAAAGGCAAGCACAGCACUUCCGUCGCCCCAGCAACACACGUAGCAACUGGCCUCAUUCUGACGACCCUCACCGGACCUGGCCCUUCCCAGAGUAUUUCACAGAAGGGGAGAUGACAAGUAGCUGGUCAGGGACUCAGGGCGACUCAGCCAGCUCCAGUGACGAGACCUCCUCAGCCAAUGGAGACAGCCUGUUUUCCAUGUUCUCAGGGCCAGACAUUGUUGCUGCAGUCAAGCAAAGAAGGAAACACAGCAGUGGCGAGCAAGAUCCAAGCACACUUCCUUCCCCUCCCCUUCUCUCUACAGUCGAUGAUCAUAAUCAGGACAACAAGACCAAAACCUGGCCCCCGAAAGCCCCCUGGCAGCACCCCCUGCCAAGCCAGAACAUGUCCUUGUUCCAGAUGAGCAGCCCCUCCUCCAGCCAGUGGAACGACACCCUGCAGAUCCUGCAGUCCCCUGUCUGGUCCACAGCCCAGGACUGCAGCCCAGCAACAGGGAUUCCCUCCACUUUUGCCUACGCGCAGCAACAGCCGCCUCCGCCACCAUCUCAGCACAAACCGAUGAAUAAGGGCUUUAAACCUUUCCCAGUCAAGCACGAACGCAGGCCAUCCUACAUGCACCAGUACUGACGGACUGCUUGGCCGAGUGAGAGAUGCAGCCGAGGACCAAAGUCUUUGACGUGGUGAUGGACGUUUGCUUUGUUUUUUUACAGUGGUGCAGUGGUGGCUGCCUGUCUGCUGGUGGUUUUGUGGAGUGACAGCUUCUGGUGGUGAUCCUUUCUUCUUCUUCUUCUUCUUUUUUUUACAGUGCUGAGCAAAUGGUGCCAAGGUGUUAGGUGUACACACAAACAGCCCUAAACUGUGAUGCUUUCCAAGCGUGUGGACUGAUGUUUACCCUGCUAACAAACUGCAACAUUACUACCACAGAAAACACUGUAUUUUAUAGCUAUUUUUCAUAUAGAUUUAUAGUUCCCAUUUCUUGCUAAAAAGGAUUUGAGUAUUUUUAAGCAAACCUAGCAGUCAGCUUUGCUCAACACUUGUUUUGUUUAGAUCCUAAUUGGCAAAAGGUACCAAGCCUUCACUCUGAUGACCUAGGCUGUGGUAGCCUUUUUAAAGCAUUGGCUCACAUGCCACACAAGCUCUUUGCUACAGACAGCAGUGUGCAAAAACGGCAGAAACUGAUAUUUCCAGUUAUUUCAUUCAUGCAAACAUAACUGCGUUAUGUCACAAGGCCAAUGGGGGUUGCACAAGCCGCCUCUCACCUCUCCUCAAGCCCCUGAGUUCUUCUCAGUGGAUUGAGUUCAUCUGUGGCUGACACUACUUUUGAAAUACACAAUUUGAUACUUUUACAUUUGGCCAAAGGCAUUAUCCAUACAGUGCUCCUUAAAUGUACGGAAGAAUAGUUAAGACUACUUGCAAAUAUUUAAAGUCUUAUUUCAAUGCUAGACUUAAGUGUAUAAAAACAUGAGCUGGCUCAGAAGAGAGAGAACUUAAAACACUAUUUUUUUUGUGUAGUACAAAGGGUUAAAGUAACUACUUUCAGUCAAUAUGUGCCAUUAAAUAAAUGAACCUGUGGAAUUAGGAAAUAUCUUCCAACCAAAGUGGAUCUGGGGGAAUGACUGGUGCUUAAAUUGAAAAGAAAAAAGGUAAAUAUGUAUAGUUAUCCCAUUGUAUAUUAAUUGAGGCAAGAGAAGUCUUUAUAAAAACCUAUUUAAAUUUUCAUAUUUCAUCUUUGGAAGAGUAAUUAUAAACCACAAUAUUUUCUGGUAUAAAGGUUUUUGACAGUAUUAAUAUUAUUUUUAUAUUUUCUUAAGUCAUAUCAUUCUAAUACAUUGACAAGUAAAAUGGGUUAUUAGUUAUAAAUGCAUAUAGUUUUUGAUGAAAAAGCACAUUUAAGUUCCCAUUUUCUACAAACUAAGUACAUGUGUAUAUUAAAGAUACCAAAUUAUAUAUAUAUAUAUAUAAUAAAUAAAUGAAAAUACACAACACUAAACAUCAGGGUGGGGAGCGUCCAGGCCCCCCCCUGCCUUCUGCUUGUUUGGCGAUGGGCCGUCUUGGCAGGCCCAGAAUGUUACUCUUUGUGCUGGUUGACGAUGCCAAUGUUGCCUGUAUUUAUAAUUGUCACCAUGUUUCCUGAAAGCCCACCUUGCCAUGUUUACAGAGUUGUUUGCUGUGCAUAACUUUACGGUCCUGUGCUUUGCACAAUCAGUGUGGCUUCUGUCUGUAAAUUGUUACUGUUCUGUACUUUCUGCUAAAACGUUGGUGAAUUUAACAAGUGGUUUUGAGUUUCCUCAAGUAUGCCAUUGAAAACUUAUAUUGGAUCCUAAAACCUGUUGCAGUUCUAUGCCACCAUGAUUUCAAAUCAAAGUGCAGAUAUUUGUUGUGUUGAAGUUCCCUAAAGCACAUCCUAGACUGCUGCUGCUGAGUGGUCCAUGCGAACCCUGGUAGCUCCUAAAACUGGAGUGAGCCCAGCGCAAAUGCAGAUGGCUCUCUCUGCCGAGCAGGUGCUACACCAUCCUCUACUUCCAGUUCUUCCGAACACUGGUAACUUCCCCCACAUCUCACACUGCCAAGUGCAGGGGGGUUGGUGCUUAGUUAACUUAUCCUUCUUGCAGUACUUCUGCUGUGAAUAGCAAAUGCAUUGGAACUGUACAUUUUGUAUUUUAAUUUUAAAGCUCCUGUAAGUAAAAACCCAAUUUGCUUUAUUAAAGAUAUACCUUUAAUAAUA